CGCCGGCAAGCUAAGCCUCGCAGACAAAGAAAAAGAAGCUAGCUACUAGCUUAGCUAGUCGUUUAGUGGAGCGAUGGGGCGGUUGCCGUGCUGCGACGGGGAGGCCGGCGUGAAGAAGGGCCCGUGGACGCCCGAGGAGGACAAGCUGCUGGUGGACUACAUCCAGGAGAAGGGCCACGGCAGCUGGCGUCGUCUGCCCAAGCUCGCCGGCCUCAACCGCUGCGGCAAGAGCUGCCGCCUGCGCUGGACCAACUACCUCCGCCCCGACAUCAAGCGCGGCCUCUUCACCGACGACGAGGAGAAGCUCAUCGUCCACCUCCACUCCCUCCUCGGCAACAAGUGGUCGUCGAUUGCUACGAAGCUGCCGGGGAGGACGGACAACGAGAUCAAGAACUACUGGAACACGCACCUGCGCAAGAAGCUGCUCGGCAUGGGCAUCGACCCCGUCACGCACCGCCCGCGCACCGACCUCAGCCUGCUCGCCGGGCUUCCGGGCCUCCUUGCGGCAGCCGGUAUCUUCGGCGGCUCUGGCGCGGCCACGGCCGCCUGGGACAUGAACGCGCUCAAGCUCCAGGUCGACGCCGCCACGUUCCAGCUGCUGCAGGGCCUUGUGCGUGCGCUCACCACCGCGGCGGCUCCCGCGCCAGCGCCCGCGCUCGGCAUGGACAACCUCAUGGCGCUCCUCGCCGUCAGCAACGGCGGGCAUCACGGCGGAGUCGACCAGAACAUGCUGCUCCAGCAGUGCCAGUGGAACGACAUGAACAACCUGCCGGUGCUGACCAGCUCUGCGCCGACGAGCGGCAUGCACAACAUCAGCGGCAUGUUCGACGGCUUCAGCGCCGGCGACGGUCUGAGCUCAACGGAGCUCGGGGACCAUGGCGGGGCGAGCGGGAGCAACGUGACCGUUGAUCGAAUGGUGGCCAGCGACCAGGAGUGCAACAACAAUGGCGGCGGCGGUGUGUCGUGCGAGCAAACGCCGGCGUCGAGCCCGUUCGGCGGGCUGGAGAGCCUGAACCUGAUGGAUGAGCUCAACACGGACGGUGGUUGGAAGGAUUUGCUAGAGCAAAUGUCAUGGCUGAACUCAAGUGAGCUGUGAUGGGUAGAUAGAAGAGAUAAGAGAUAAGAUCAAGAAUGCCAAAAAUAAUCAGGAAGGAGAUGGAGACUAGACUACUAAUUGUUGGAUUGGAUGCACAUUUCGGUUGAUCAAUACCGAAGAUGUGAAGUUUGUUUGUUGAUAGGGGAAAAGGUGGUUGAGUCCACACUUUUAGACAUGUACAGAAAAAGAACAGAAGAACAUAUGUAUGUACACACUCACUGCAAUUAAAGUUCAUUUUCGUUAA